GGUGACUCAACGGACCACUUAGUUUGGCGUUCGGACCGCUUUGCCUUCGGAAAACGCAGAACGAAGCGAGGUGGUGCACACCGAUGCGACACCCGUGUUCACUCGCUCAGACGCCCACCUGUAGGUCAACGACAAGGGACCUUGACGGUCUUCAUCGGAAGAUCCCUGCCACAUCCACGGGGGAAAAGCGCCAGUGCUCUGCAAAUCAUUGCAUGAUGAUAUUGUAGUUCAUGGUUUGGGACUGUGAGAAUGCCCAGAACUCCUUUUGGUAGUUUGCUCAUGCAAACGAGCCGGAUCUUCGACGGCCUUGCCUUUCUUUUGCUUUUCUUGGUGUCUCCAGGACAUCAAGACUCAGAAGUCAGUGCUUUGGAGCAGAAGCAGAUGUGAGUUAUGUUUGACGCCAAGAUUGACAUUUUCAACAUCAUGCUUAGCCCAGCACACAGCAGCAUGACCAGUGUUUGCAUGCAACAAAGCUGCUGCUGCUACUGUGACAUUUCCUUGUAAGAGCCAGUGCUCUUUUUGUUCAGUGUCAUGGCUUGUGUUUGGGCAAGGACAAAGGACAAAGCUGCUCAAAGCUGCUUUGCUCGCCCUUUCAUUGUUGGUGCAGGUGUCCGUUGUAUGUGGAAAGACUGUAGAAAGUUCUGGUGUUCAGCUUUGUUGAAAAAUGUACCGGUCCAGUGCGGGUGAGGUCUUGGUCAGACUACUUGCAACCACUUUGCUCGGGCAGCUCUCCGAGUACUUGAUUUCUGAUGACAGCUUCGCAAUCUCUUUCCAUCCAAGAGUGCUUUCUCCCUUCGAGCUUUUGGCCUCGACUGAGACGAGGUGCCUCAUAAACCCUUUGCAGAUCCGAGUCGCCUGUGCAAGUCAAGAAGAUCGCGUCAAGCGCCGGUUGUUUGAAAAGCGCAGUUCUUGAGCCACAGCAUAUUGGAUGUGACUGUAGCCUGGGUGUUAAACAACAAGACAGCUGCAGUGACUUUGUACCUCAAACGCAAAUGUGUUUCUGAUUGACCCCAAAUUGAAUUCAUCCCGAUGGCCUGGUGUAGCCAGUAGGCGUGAAACCUACUGCAAGCAUUUGUCCAAGCAGUUCUGAGUAGACUCAGCUUAGCUGUUGGCAAAGGUUGCUUUCUGAAGCUUCAAAUGAUGAUCUGAAUCAGCAGCGUUUGCUAGUACAGCACCAUUGCCUAUGCAGUCAAUAGAACAAUCCGAAUCUUCUUACGGCUACAUCGAAUGGGCUUGACCUGCGUUUUAGUUCGGGCAGUGCUUUGCCACUGCUCCUGGUGGCUCCGGCCUGACAGCCAACCUGAUUCAAAUGGGCUUGCGUGAUUCGUUUCUCGCAUCAGUCAUGGCAUCGGCUUAGACUUGCGCUGUGCAGCAGGGUGUUGACAAUCACAAUGCUGUUUUUGGUUCGAGAUGCAAAGUACACUCCACAAAAUUUUCAAAAUUGCAUAACAUGUACAAAAAGUGAUAGAGUACCCCCGUAGAGGAAAGCCCAUGUCCAAACCAGCUCUGGCAGUUCCUCAUUGUGAAAAUCACCUUUGCUUUGUUUUGUGCACGAUUUGGCUGGCACGAAGCCUUUUGUUUUCCCAGCACUGCCGGUAACGGUAUCACAGGUGCAGAUUUGGUCACAAGGUUCCCACAAUUGCACUACAGUCUUUUUGAUGCCGUGAUGCACAACUCAAAUGUGUUUUCUAAAGGAAGCUGAAUUUGUCUCCCUCCAGGCCCAAUGCUCAGACUUUCUGUUUGAGGAAGCAAUGCUUGGAUAAUCUUGGAUAUUUAGGUAUCUCACUCUAGAUUUGUAGGUUAGCCUAGGCUAAACACGGCCAAAGCCAGAGGCAAAGCUGCCGUAAUUGCGUUCAUGUAUUUGUCGUAUUAUUUGCCGCAACACCCCAAGCGCUCAUUUAGACCAAGCUUAAACGUAAAGCUGCAGGGUGUUGAUUCAGGAACGAGGUCUUGGUCAGACUACUGCUUGCAACCACUUUGCUCGGGCAGCUCUCCGAGUACUUGAUUUCUGAUGACAGCUUCGCAUUGACUUAAUCCAAGAGUGCUUUCUCCCUUCGAGCUUUUAGCCUCGACUGAGACGAGGUGCCUAUAUAUAACCUCUUUGGGGGGGGGCUGAGCACUGCACAGGUGCCUCCCAAAGACAUGAGCCUUUAUCUUUGGCGCGCAUGUUUGUUGCCAGGGCAGACCCAUGUCCUGAACGCUUUUUCAGGCAGUCACCGGUGUUCCUUCAUGGAGAUAGAACUAUUGCAGUGACUGCUUGGUCAUUUGAUUCCCAUGUCCAACUCUCUGACACUAUGACAGACAGCAGUGCCUUUGUCAAAUGUUUAAGCCACACAUAUUUGUUCCCGCGCACGUGCUUGGAAUGGAAGGAGCUUGGAGGACAUGAGUCGAAUUGGUUUAGGUUGGGGUACGGCAGCGUGGAUAUGUUCUUGGGUCCAGCACAAACUGUUACUUAACGCCACUGGCAGAUCUCAGCACAUGAGACGCUGCCCUUGUUUUUUGCGCAAAACAGGCAUUUCUGACCAGAAUGCACAGCAGCUUUCCCGCGCUAACUUGAUGACAAACUUUCUUCAUGGCCUCUUACUCACAACGCUUUGAAGUUCGCCUGGCAGACACAAGUGUGGCCAGAAAGUCUAGGAAAGCUUGUCCGAACUCAACGCAGUCGGCCCGAGACGCUCUGGUGUUUGUCGAGUGAAGUUCGACCGCUGCUGAAGCCCCAGCGAGUUUGUGUUUGGUGCAAGCGCCGGUUCCUGAACGGAUCCGUCUCGAAAGAGAGAUGUCGUGACCGUCAAACAAUUAGACAGUCCUUUAGGAGUCGUCUUUUGCCGGGAUUCUCAUGAGGCUGAUCUUGCUUUCAGGGGUGGCAAAGCUUCUUUGGUGAUUCAGACUUCUUGUCAUUCAACAACGUCAGACACCACUUCUCCAUUUGUGCCUACCCGGCGAUCAAGAACCAGUGCUCGGCCCUCGGCGAAGCGGACGAAAGGGACAUGUGAAUGUCAACACCCUACGAUUUCCCCGCCCUUUUCAACUCCAUGCCUGCGAACCGCGCAGCGUAGGCGACCCAGCAGUGUAUAGGCACUUUACCUUUAACAAAAACACGGCUGAAAUGAAGAUCUGAUCUGGGCUUUUUCGUGAGGUCAAAAUCAAGCGAGCUGGUUGGUCCAGGACCCUAAGUGGGCACUCUCUUGGGUACACCAAGGCUCUCACAUGCUCUCACUAAUUUGGCACUAAUUUGGCAUGCAGAGGGGGGCUGUGGGGGGGCAGGCAGGGCUGUUCUCAGCCAGCUUGCCCACGCCGGCCGAAGAUCGUCGAAAGCGAGGUGACGCUUUCGACGAGGUUUCCGGAUCAUUUCCAGUCGCCUUCACCAGAAGGGUUCCGAUUGCGCUUGAUUCAUUGGUUGUUUCUUUCGGGUCUUCCAACCGAUAUACUCAUUGAUACUGGGCCGUCAUCAAAUCGAGACAGUUGUCACACAGCAAGUUGCUGAAGAAAGAGCUGCGCAACACGUUCUCGUUGACUACACUUGGCUGGCUUGAGGCGGCACUUCCACAGCUCCCCAGAAUUCUUGUUGAUCUAGUUGUAGGAGGCCGUUGAGUGCUCAGAGUCUCUCUGAUUUCAAGCAUCCAAGCUUUGCUUUGCGGUCUGAAGAAGUCCUCAAGCGCACCCGGCAUGCUGCAAGGUGUUCGAGGUGCUAGGCGCUGCUAGGCUUGGGCAGAGUAUGACUUUGUCUUUGUCAUAUUAGCAACCUUAGCUUGCCCACCCCUAUGCUUGCGCGCCUCGGACCAGUGGUGGCAAGGACACUAACAUUCUCCACGCCUUACAGUUUAAUGCUAUGCCGACUCAGUCUUUUCCAUCUAUCACGCGCUAUUUGACUUGGGCGAAAAACACAGCAGAGUGGGGCAAACUCACCCAAAUAAAGCUGCACCAUAUUCUACCCUCAAACGUCGCCAGCUUCUUCAUUUGCCAAUCUUCUUAGGCUCUCACUUGAGCGAAGCCAAGAUCCUGUCGGGUGAAGAACAAGGUAGAAAAAGGAACAUAACAUGCCAUAGACCUUGGUUUUUGCGCACAUGCUAGUGGUGAAUGCUGUCCACUGCCUUUGCUAUGGGCAUUGCAGGAUUUCGGUUUAGCACUGCCUGCCACAUCAUACACUUAGCUUUCUCCCUGGCCCACUCCAUUAUUGUGGGAGACUGGGCCCAGUUGGCAGGGAGUGAAGGAAGAUCCAGAUCUACCUCACGAAGAGCGAAUGAUGUGAGGCUUCUGCCCGAGAUGAAAUUUAACAAUAGUUGACACAUGCAUGACAGUCACCGCCCCAUUUAUUUUCAUAGGAAGGUAGCGAACGUGGAUGGACUGGUGGCAGUCAACAAAUUCCUGGUUGAUGAUACACCGCUUUAGGCAUAUCAAGACAAUGGAUUGGGCUUUAAAUUCAUGUUUCUGGAAGCAGAGCCUCAAGUUGGUGCGGAACGCCAGAAAUUUGCCGCAAAGAUUGUCCAUGGUUUUUGUGGCAGCAAUGCAUCACAUGGCUAGACCUUCCAACCCAAACUGUCUACUGUACCUUGCCUCUUGGGAACACAUCGACCGGAGCUGGGCAGAGUUUCCCCUCACGGCAGCUGAAGCUUCCAUGCGAAGCUGUAGACUGGCAGGCUCAAAUGGCUUUUGUUCAGUUCCACUUUGUCUUUCAGUGCUUUUGGUAGCACCACCUGCACAGUGAGCAGUUGCUUGGCUAUUUUGAGAUCUCCUUCAGGCUGAGUUGCCUGGAAUGGCUUCCAUGCCAUCACUAAGACUGUAGUUGCUUCACGGCGGCUGUAUCCACUUGGCAGCCUAACCUGGUUGAACUGUGAUUGCGUCCAUACAGAGAAGGCUUUUGCGUGAAGCUUCCCAAGUCUUCUCUUUGACAGGAGGAACAGUGCUCUGCCAGCGUGCGAUUCCUUUCAGACUUGGAGGGGUGAAAGACGGCACGUUGAUACAUGACAGCCCUGUCUUCCAUGGUUUCCAGGCUCGAAAGGUACAUUCUCUUCAAAAGAGGCCGUGAUCUACUAGCGAUGGCGCCUCCCCCUAAGAGCGAUGGCCUCCAACCUAAGAACCUAAGAGUGAUGGCCUCCAACCAAACUUUUAAGCAUUGUUAUCUUUCCGCCGAUCUCAAGUGGAAUUGGCUUGCCACCCAGCAGACUGUGUCGUUGGCGCUUCGACACCUCUCCACCAUGGGAAGUCCAGGCACGAGCCCAAUCUUUCCGAUGUUUCAUUCAUGUUGCAUUCAUGUCCUUUCCUUUCAGGCGAAGUUCGAAGAGGCCAGCCUCAGGUGUGCCAUGGGUGUGCCUGAUGGUCCCAAGCCUUCCCGAUGGACCCCCAGGGCGAUCGGUGUUUCACGCGGGCCACUUCCUCUCUUUUUUUCCAGAGCCAUAUUUUUGGGCGGACCUUCCCCGAAUGAAGCCAAACGAGCCAAACAGGUGCAACGGACAACUUUCCAAACAGGGUUUACUGGUAAUAGCCUUCAAGUCAGCGCCAGUGCAGAGUGAUACACUUCCCACCUUUUAUAGUGACUUUCUUCCUCGUUACGGACAUGGAAAAAACAUCAGAACGAUUGCAGUCCCUCAACCAUUGGUGGAUGUGUAUGAGGUUCCACCCCACAAGGUUCCACCUGGCCAACUUGCAAGCCAUGGUAGCGAGACUUGAAGAUGAACGUGUGCGAAAGAAUCUGUUAGCUUAAUUCUGCCAUGCACUGCAUGACCUUCUUGUUUGCUAAUUGGGAUUGGCACUGGCUUCAAAGGAGGCUCCCCAAAAACCCAGGCACAGAGACCGGAAUCAAGAAAACGAAGGUGUAGGUGUUGGUUGUCCUCAGUGCAUUUUUUGCAUGUAAACAAAUGAGCAAAAGCUGGUUGUCGCACCUAGUUUGUUGAUGUUUUCGUGAAUGAGCCAUGAGACGACCAACAGGUGCCAGGGUCAGAAAACACGUGGGCCUUGGGGUGCCUUAAGUUGUGAAUGUUGCAUAUGUUUGUUGUUUGCAACACGAAUAGUCUUGGAUGCCCAAGGGUUUCACACCCUUUGUUCAAGUAAAUAGAUAAAUGCUUUUCAACAAUUAUAGUUGUAAGAGAAAAACAAAUAUAUAUAUAUAUAUGUAUAUAUAUAUUAUAUUUCAUGUUACACAUUAUAUAUUAAUAUACAUACAUACUCUUCCCAUACUCGGCCCUCACUGAAGCAGGUCAGAUGACUGGGACCUUUGACCAAACAGUGCUGUCAAGAACUACUUCUAUGCCAUGGGCUGUGCCACUUGCAGCGUGAACGAAGGGAAUCACCACAUGAGAUUGUGCCCGAGAUCUGAGAUUUGUGCCCUUUCUUGG